CAGAAAGGUUAAGUAAUCUACGCAGUAUUGCACAGUUACUUUGUAGCAAAAGCAGGAUGAGAAUCCGGAAAUGCUAACUCCAAAGGACUCACUCUGAGAAGCAGAACACUUGACUGGGCCUCAGCGCCAGCUCACACCAUGUGGACCGCGGAUGAGAUUGCGCGGCUCUGUUAUGAGCACUAUAGGAGCAUGCUGCCCAAGCAAGGGAAGCCCGAGCCCAACCGCGAGUGGACGUUGCUGGCAGCCGUGGUGAAGAUACAACCUACAGCUGACCAGGCCUGUGACCGCCCUGACAGACCGGUGCAAGUGAGAAAGGAAGUUGUCUCAAUGGGAACAGGAACCAAAUGCAUAGGCCAGUCCAAAAUGAGGAAGAGCGGAGACAUCCUCAAUGAUAGCCAUGCUGAGGUCAUAGCCAGAAGGAGCUUCCAAAGGUACCUUCUCCAUCAGCUCCACUUGGCAGCCACCCUGAAGGAGGAUUCCAUCUUUGUCCCAGGAACUCAGAGAGAACUGUGGAAACUCAGACCAGACCUCUUGUUUGUGUUUUUCUCCAGCCAUACACCCUGUGGGGAUGCCUCCAUCAUUCCAAUGCUUGAGUUUGAAGAUCAGCCUUGCUGUCCUGUCAGUAGAGAUUGGGCCAAUAAUCCAUCAGUAGAAGCUAGUGGUAACCUAGAAGCUCCUGAAGAUAAAAGGAAAUGUGAAGACUCAGAUGGUCCUGUGACCAAAAAGAUGAGGCUUGAGCCCAGGACUCCUGAUGGUAUGGCUCACCAUCAGAGUUUUGGCAACCAGGAAAGUGGCCCUAACUCACCAGAUGUCAGCAGCUCUAAUCUCACUGCAGAGGAACUAGCCACUGUCACUGGAAUGGCCCCCGGUGGCACCAAAGUGGUGGACGUUUAUAGAACCGGAGCCAAGUGUGUGCCUGGGGAAGCUGGAGACUCAGGGAAGCCUGGUGCUGCCUAUCACCGGGUGGGGCUGCUCCGAGUGAAGCCAGGCCGGGGGGACAGGACUUGCUCCAUGUCCUGCAGUGACAAGCUGGCACGGUGGAACGUCCUCGGAUGCCAGGGGGCACUGUUGAUGCACUUCCUAGAAGAGCCCAUCUACCUGUCAGCUGUGGUCAUUGGGAAGUGCCCGUACAGCCAGGAGGCCAUGCAGAGAGCACUGAUUGGGAGGUGUCAGAAUGUCUCAGCUUUACCUGAAGGCUUUGGAGUUCAAGAAGUGAAACUACAGCAGUCAGAUUUACCAUUUGAACAGAGCCGCUGUGCAGUACAGGCAAAAAAGGCUGAGAACCAAGGCCGACUUGUUCCUUGUGGGGCAGCCAUCAGCUGGAGUGCAGUUCCUGAGCAGCCACUGGAUGUCACCGCCAAUGGCUUUCCACAGGGAACAACAAAGAAAGGAAUCGGACGCCUUCAAGCCAGAUCCCGAAUCAGCAAAGUAGAGCUCUUUAGAUCAUUCCAGAAGCUGCUAAGCAGUAUUUCAGAGGACAAGUGGCCAGACUCCCUCAGGGUGCAGAAGCUAGUGACGUACCAUGAGUACAAGGAGGCCGCAUCCACUUACCAGCAGGCCUGGAGCGCACUCCGAAAGCAGGCAUUUGGAUCCUGGAUCAGAAACCCACCGGAUUAUCAACAAUUUAAAUGAGCAAAGUUUACUGGCAGCAGGGUGUUUUCCAUUCAUUCAUUCUGGACUGCCUUCUUCCUACGUACUGGAUAAGCCUUAGCUUUUCUUGUGGCUGAUCAGGAAAAAAAGACUGCCAUCUACCAGAGUAAAAUAUCUCUUCUGUGUGAGAUGGAUGGAAUUCUGGACAUGGAACAAUCUAUACUUGACUGAAGUAGCUCACUGCUAAAACAGCAUCUUGCUAAUGACCUUGGUAUGUGUCCUGUGUUUUAUUGCUUCUCUAAGAAUAAGAAUUUGGAAUGUGAUGCUUUAAAAGUACUCUGCAAUAGCUCCAUUUUGUCUGUUCCUACAUUGACUUGGCAAGUACUUAUUGGGCUGAGAUGAUGUUUGAAUCUCUGCAAGUUUUAGAGUUUCGCCUGUCAUAGUGGACAUGUAUUUUGUAUAUCCAGUCUUUUUUCCUUUGGAGAACCACCCUUUCCUGCUUUACCCAUGCUUGGAUGAAGUGAACUUUACUCCUUGGCUCCAGGAAUGUGAGCCAGCCCUGAACAGUCCUGGAACUAGUGCCAGAGUGAUCAGGUAAGAUUCUCUCUCCUUUUGUAUCGGGAGCUAUAAACGCCACGUAAUCUUGGGAUUGCCUGUGGUUGCCGUUGCCUACUACAUAGAGACAGCCAGCUUGAGAACAAAGGCAAUGAAGGAAACAGCUGAGAGAAUCAGAGCUCUCGUGACCGUGUCUGGAUGCCUGAAACUAGUGCCUACUCUGGACUUCAAUUAUGUGAGAUAAAUUCCUAUUGUUUUGAGUAAGCCUGUUUGAGACCGUUUUCCUAUGACUUUCAAUGGAAAGAGUUCUGUCUAAAAGGCCAAAAGUCCCUAUAGUAAUUCAGCAGCAGAGCUAGCAAUCAAUGCUGUUUUUACUAACAACUAAUGUUUAACUUUCAACCUCUUCACACUCUAAUUUAUUGACUAAAAGUGGAAGUUCUCCAUGUUGGGAUUACUCAAGGUCAUUGUUGGUUCUUCAGUAUUUCCUUAUACCUUUAAAUAUUUUAAAUAACAGCUUUAUUGACAUAUAAUUCACAUACCAUAAAAUUCACCCAUUUAAAGUGUACAGUUUGGUGGGUUUUAGUAUAUCCACAAAGGUGUGCAAACAUCACCACGAUCAAUUUUAGAACAUUUUUGUUCUCAUCUGGGGGAGGCGGGGGGAUGCUGUUUGACCCAGUACAGUAUCCAUUAGCAGCCGCUCCUCAUUUCCCCUCAACCCCCUCAGCUCCAGGGCAAACAGUAAUCUACUUUGUGUCUCUAUGGAUUUCCCUGUUUUGAACAUUUCAUAUAAUGGAAUCAUACAAUAUGUGGUCUUUUGUGACUGCCUUCUUUCACUUAACAUGAUGUUUUAAGAUUCAUGAUGUUAUAACGUGAAUUGGUAGCAUGAGUCAGUACUUUAUUCCUUUUUAUGG